GGUCAUGAGCAAACAAAUCUACCGAUCCCAAAAAGCUAGCUUUCUCAGUCUCUCGCUCUUUUUUCUGAGGUAAGCGGCGAGAGAAGCCAAGACCACCCCCCAUCCCACUCUCGUCUUUGCCUUCAAUCAACAACACGCUCUGUUUAAUCUUUUAUUUUUCCUCUCAUCAAGGAUUUGAGGUGAGAAGUUGAUGGCGUCAAAGUUGCAGCAGUUGCAAUCUAAGGCGUGUCAAGCGUCGAAAUUUGUGUCCAAGCACGGAACUGCUUACUACAGGCAGUUGUUGGAGCAGAACAAGCAAUACAUUCAGGAGCCGCCGACAGUGGAGAAGUGCAAUGAAUUGUCUAAGCAACUCUUGUACACUCGCCUAGCUAGUAUCCCUGGUCGUUAUGAGUCAUUCUGGAAGGAGCUUGAUUAUGUCAAGAAUCUGUGGAAGAACAGGCAAGAACUAAAGGUUGAAGAUGCUGGUAUUGCUGCUUUGUUUGGGCUGGAGUGCUUUGCAUGGUUUUGUGGUGGUGAGAUAGUGGGAAGGGGUUUUACUUUCACUGGUUACUAUGUCUAAGGGUGAUCACCUGGUGGAAGGACUUUCAGGGAGUUGGAUGUGUGUGCCUUUAUCGUCGUUUGCACGAUUGAAUUGCGGCCACUCUAGAUGCACAUUUUUGUUAUUUCGUGAAAUUUUUGAAGCUGAGAAAUCAGUGGUUAACUUGAUAGCCUGAAUAAGCCUUUCUAUUGUUAUGUUAUCUUCACAGAGAAUUUACUGCAACCAAUGAUUGAUGAUAAUGGUGCGAAUCACUCUCAACUUAUUUACACUAA